UCCUCACACGUGUUCUCUCUGCAGGCGCACAGACGUGAAGAUGGCGGACUCAGAAAAAAAGAAGAAGAAGAAAUCAAAGAUUUCAGAUGAAGAAGUUGGGGAAAUCCAAGAAAUGGGCGAUUUUCUCAUCAGGCCCGAAUCCAAGGUUGCCAAACUCGACACGUCCCAGUGGCCUUUGCUGCUCAAGAACUUUGACAAGCUGAACAUCAGGACGGCACACUACACGCCUCUGCCACACGGGUCAAAUCCACUAAAACGGACCAUCAACGAUUACGUCAGAUCUGGUUUUAUAAACUUGGACAAGCCAGCUAACCCGUCCUCUCAUGAAGUGGUCGCGUGGAUCAAGCGGAUCCUGCGUGUGGAGAAGACGGGCCACAGCGGGACGCUCGACCCAAAGGUCACAGGCUGUCUGAUCGUCUGCAUCGACCGAGCGACGCGAUUGGUCAAAUCUCAGCAGAGCGCAGGCAAAGAGUACGUGGGCAUAGUACGGCUGCACAAUGCGCUAGAGAGCGAACAUCAGCUCGCCAGGGCUCUGGAGUGUCUGACUGGAGCUCUGUUCCAGCGGCCUCCUCUGAUCGCCGCAGUGAAGCGACAGCUCCGAGUCAGGACCAUCUAUGAGAGCAAGCUUAUCGAGUAUGACCCAGAGAAAAGACUUGGUAUCUUCUGGGUAAGCUGUGAGGCGGGGACGUACAUCAGAACGCUGUGUGUUCACCUGGGGCUGCUGCUGGGCGUCGGAGGGCAGAUGCAGGAGCUCAGGAGGGUUCGGUCCGGAGUGCUGGGUGAGAAGGACUGUCUGGUCUCUAUGCAUGACGUACUAGACGCUCAGUGGCAGUUUGACCACAACAAGGAUGAGACCUACCUCAGGAGAGUCAUCUACCCUCUGGAGAAGCUGCUUGUCAGCCACAAGAGGAUCGUCAUGAAAGACAGCGCGGUUAACGCUAUAUGCUAUGGUGCGAAGAUCAUGCUCCCAGGUGUGUUGCGGUAUGAAGACGGUAUAGAGGUGAACCAGGACAUCGUCGUCAUUACAACUAAAGGAGAAGCAGUUUGUACAGCUGUAGCCCUGAUGACGACGGCGGUCAUCUCCACAUGUGACCAUGGCGUCGUAGCGAAGAUUAAGAGGGUGAUUAUGGAAAGAGACACGUAUCCACGCAAAUGGGGCUUAGGGCCGAAGGCCAGUCAGAAGAAAAUGAUGAUCCAGAAAGGCCUUCUAGAUAAACGCGGCAAGCCGAACGGGAGCACGCCGUCCGACUGGAAGGAGGGUUACGUGGACUACAGCAAUAAACCUAAAGCAGAAGUAGCUGAAGAUGCUGACGCUAAUCAGGCAGGAGCGAAGAGAAAACGUGACGAGAGCGGAAGCGAAGGCGAGGCCACGCCCUCAACCCCAAAGUCAGAUGAGGUGAAAAAGGAGAAGAAGAAAAAGAAGAAAGAUAAGAAAAUGAAGCUGGCUGAGGAAGUCUCGGAAGCCGCAGAAGCCACAGAGGAAGCGGAAGGAGAAGCAGAGGUCACAGAAAGCACCAAAAAGAAGAAGAAGAAAAAGAAGGCGAAAGAAGCCGAGGCCGGAUCAGACUGAAAAUCUGAUUAGAUUCUAAUGGACCGUUAAAGCUUACAAAUUCAGGAUAAGGACAUGGCCGCUGCCGCCACCACCACCAGGGGGCGUCCAUGAACUCCCCCACUGUCCUUGCCCCAUCAACCAAGUGACUGAUUUUAAUGAUGGGAUUCAUGUAUCUAAAGUGAAUGUGAGUCUCUUUAGAUGCGUACACACACACACCGAUCGUGUGGGAGAACAGGCCGGAAAUCUCUGCAGCUCUGAUCAUUCUGCAGUUUUUAUUCAGAAAAAUAUCCAUCUGGUUUGUUUUUGUUGAUUUAUAAAAUGUCAAAUUAAGUAUUGACACAUGCAUUGCAGAUUACAAAACAGAUCGUGGUUCUUUUUGUCGUUAGUAUUUGCACCCAGCCUUGUUUUUCUCUUCAUUUUGAAGCUGUAAUUAUUUCCUAUUGUCUUCUGCCCUUGUGUUUUGUUAAAGAAUAUUCCUUUAUUUUGUAUCAUGUGUAUAUAUAACAGAGGAUCAGCUUGUUAAUCCUGAAGCAGAAAAGGUGAAACAAGAUUUUUUUUUUCUA